CGCCGCCGCAAGCCGUCCGCCUUGCCCUUCACGAAGGCUUGGUCCUCCUCCUUGUAUCUCCACUCCCCCCUUCACAGAUCCGUUCCUCCAGCUAGGGUUAGCGUUCCUCUGCAGCGAUGGCGAUCAAGCGGACUAAGGCGGAGAAGAAGAUCGCGUACGACAAGAAGCUGUGCAGCCUGCUCGAUGAGUACACCAAGGUGCUCAUCGCCCUGGCCGACAACGUCGGUUCCAAGCAGCUCCAGGACAUCCGCCGGGGCCUCAGGGGCGACUCGGUGGUGCUCAUGGGGAAGAACACGCUCAUCAGGCGUUGCAUCAAGGUGUACGCCGAGAAGACCGGUAACCACACCUUUGACCCGCUCAUGGACCUCCUGGUCGGCAACGUAGGCCUCAUCUUCACCAAGGGAGACCUCAAGGAGGUGCGCGAGGAGGUCGCCAAGUACAAGGUGGGGGCUCCUGCUCGUGUUGGUCUGGUUGCUCCAGUUGAUGUUGUUGUGCCCCCUGGCAACACUGGGCUGGAUCCGUCCCAGACCUCUUUCUUCCAGGUGCUUAACAUCCCCACCAAGAUUAACAAGGGUACCGUGGAAAUUAUCACCCCUGUGGAGCUGAUCAAGAAGGGUGAAAAGGUGGGCUCGUCCGAGUCUGCCCUGCUCGCCAAGCUGGGUAUCCGCCCCUUCUCGUACGGCCUCCAGGUCACCAGUGUCUACGAGGAUGGGUCCGUGUUCAGCCCUGAGGUGCUUGACCUUUCCGAGGAGGACCUGAUUGAGAAGUUUGCCACUGGUGUCUCCAUGGUUGCCUCCCUGUCACUGGCGAUCUCGUACCCGACCCUUGCUGCUGUGCCCCACAUGUUCAUCAAUGGGUACAAGAAUGUGCUUGCUGUUGCUGUCGAGACAGACUACUCGUACCCACAUGCUGACAAGAUCAAGGAGUACCUCAAGGACCCAAGCAAGUUUGCUGUUGCCGCCCCGGUUGCUGCUGGGGACUCUGGCGCUGCAGCUGCUCCCAAGGAAGAAGAGAAGGCUGCGGAGCCUGAAGAGGAGUCGGACGAGGAAAUGGGCUUCAGCCUCUUCGACGACUAGAGCUGCUGUUUUCGUCAAACUGCUGCAAGUUUUGGCUUUUUUUUUUAUCAUCUACAAGUACUGUUUCCUAUAUUUUUUAGCAGACAAAUUAUCGUGUGUAAUCGACAAUGAUAUCUCCUUAAAUUUUAAGUACCUGUGUUGUGUCA